UGGUGCAAACCCGAGAAGGAAGUUUUGGAAAUUAAGGCAAAUGUCCCUCAUUAAUUUUUCUUCUUCUUCUUCUUCGAUUUUCUUUCUCUUGUUUUUCUUUCUCUUUCCCUGCAUCCACGCAGCUCAGAAUCAUGAAGCUUCUUUUCUGUUUUCAUGGCUACAUUCUUCUCCUUCUUCUUCUUCUUUCAAAUGGAACAAUCAUGAUGAUAACCCCUGUAACUGGACCUCCAUAACAUGUUCUCCUCAAGCUUUUGUUACUGAAAUCAACAUACUGUCAAUCCCUCUUCACCUUUCUCUCCCAAAUCAUCUCUGCUCCUCUCUUCCCUUUCUUCAAAAACUCACACUUUCUGAUGCAAAUCUUACUGGAGCAAUCCCACUUUAUAUAGCUGAUUGUACAGCACUUCAACUUCUUGACCUUAGCUCCAACAAGCUAGUUGGGUCCAUCCCUGCAAGCAUUGGCAAACUCAAGAAACUUGAACAGUUGAUUUUGAACUCUAAUCAAUUAACAGGGAAGAUCCCGGUUGAGCUAGGCAACUGUUAUAGCCUCAAGAAUCUGCUGCUUUUUGACAAUUUAUUAAGUGGGUAUAUCCCAUCUGAGCUCGGCAAGUUAUCCAAUCUGGAAGAGUUGAGAGCUGGAGGGAACAAAGACAUUGAAGGUAAGAUUCCAGAUGAGCUUGCAGACUGCACCAACUUGACCGUGUUGGGGCUGGCUGAAACGGGUGUUUCUGGUUCUCUCCCUGUAUCUCUAGGCAGGCUAAGCAAGCUACAAACACUGUCUAUAUACACCACAAUGCUGUCUGGUGAGAUCCCUCCUCAUUUAUGUAACUGUUCUGAACUUGUUAACUUGUUUCUCUACGAAAACACACUCUCUGGAUCUAUACCACCAGAUAUUGGUAAACUGAAAAAGUUAGAGCAAUUGAUGUUAUGGCAAAACAGUCUAGUUGGAGCAAUCCCAGAAGAGAUUGGAAAUUGUAGUAGCUUGAAAAUGAUUGAUUUCUCCUUGAAUUCUCUGUCUGGAACUAUACCUCACUCUAUAGGAAAUCUUGUGUAUCUAGAGGAAUUUAUGAUCAGUGAUAACAAUGUUUCUGGUACAAUACCUUCAACUCUAUCCAAUGCCACCAAUCUUUUACAGUUGCAACUCGAUACGAAUCAAAUUUCGGGUUUAAUCCCACCAGAGCUUGGCAUGUUAUCAAAGCUCACAGUGUUCUUUGCCUGGGAGAACCAGCUUGAGGGAAGUAUUCCUCCAAGUUUGGCUACUUGUACUAAUCUCCAAGCUUUAGAUUUAUCCCACAAUUCCCUCACUGGUGGCAUUCCUGCUGGGUUGUUUCAGCUUCAAAACCUCACUAAACUUCUGUUGAUUUCCAAUGAUAUUUCUGGCUCAAUACCUCCAGAGGUUGGUGACUGCAGCUCUCUUGUGAGGCUAAGGCUUGGAAACAACCGGAUUGUAGGUGGAAUUCCUAGAGAAAUUGGGAGUCUCAAGAGAUUAAAUUUUCUUGAUUUAUCGAGUAAUCGCCUUUCUGGGUCAUUGCCUGAUGAGCUUGGAAGCUGCACAGAGUUGCAAAUGAUAGAUCUUAGCAACAAUAUAUUACAGGGUCCUUUGCCUAGUGCGUUGUCAUUACUGUCUGCUCUCCAAGUUUUGGAUGUUUCGGCUAAUGGAUUUACUGGUCAGAUACCAGAAAGCUUAGGCCGCCUUGUUUCACUAAGCAAGCUCAUUCUGGGAAAGAACUUAUUUUCUGGGUCAAUCCCUUCAUCGCUUGGACUCUGCUUCAGUCUCCAGUUGCUUGAUCUUAGCAGCAACCAGCUUACUGGGAACAUACCGAUGGAGCUGGGUCAUAUUGAAGCUCUUGAAAUUGCUCUCAACCUGAGUUGCAAUGGACUAACCGGGUCAAUCCCGCCUCAAGUAUCUGCCCUUAACAAGCUUUCGAUACUGGAUCUAGCACACAACAGACUAGAAGGUGAUUUGAGUCCACUUGCAGAACUUGAUAAUCUUGUUUCUCUCAAUGUUUCUUAUAAUAACUUCACUGGUUAUCUCCCGGAUAACAAGCUUUUUAGGCAGUUGCCACCAGCAAAUCUUGAAGGAAACCAGGGCCUAUGUUCAUCGAGGCGUGACUCGUGUUUCUUGAGCGAUGCUGGCAAACUUGGACGAGAAGGAAAUCAAAAUGAUGCAGCUCGGUCAAGAAAACUUAAACUAGCACUUGCACUGUUGAUUACCCUGACAGUGGUGAUGAUAAUUAUGGGUGCAUUUGCAGUGAUUCGAGCACGAAGAAGUAUCAGAGACGAUGAUGAUUCUGAAUUGGGGGACUCAUGGCCCUGGCAGUUCACUCCAUUUCAGAAGUUAAAUUUCUCAGUAGACCAAGUUUUGAAGAACCUGGUGGAUGCAAACGUGAUUGGAAAAGGGUGUUCUGGGAUUGUUUAUCGUGCUGAUAUGGACAAUGGUGACAUAAUUGCGGUGAAGAAACUAUGGCCAGCAACAAUGACAACAACAAAUGGACACGACGAUGACAAAUCUUUGGUUCGAGAUUCUUUCUCAGCAGAAGUGAAAACACUAGGCUCAAUUCGUCAUAAGAAUAUUGUUAGAUUCUUGGGUUGUUGUUGGAAUCGGAACACCAGACUUCUCAUGUAUGAUUAUAUGCCUAAUGGGAGCUUAGGUAGCCUCCUCCAUGAGAGGACAGGAAACUCAUUGGAAUGGGAACUUAGGUACCAAAUAUUGUUGGGUGCAGCUCAAGGCCUAGCUUAUUUACACCAUGAUUGUGUCCCUCCAAUAGUUCACAGAGACAUCAAGGCCAAUAACAUUCUCAUUGGCCUUGAAUUUGAGCCUUACAUUGCAGAUUUCGGCCUAGCCAAGCUCGUAGAUGAUGGUGACUUUGCUCGCUCAUCCAACACAGUCGCAGGCUCCUACGGAUAUAUCGCUCCUGAGUAUGGUUACAUGAUGAAGAUAACAGAGAAGAGCGAUGUGUACAGCUAUGGAGUGGUAAUGCUAGAAGUUUUAACAGGGAAACAACCCAUUGAUCCAACAAUUCCAGAAGGAGUUCAUGUUGUGGAUUGGGUGAAACAAAAGAGAGGCGGGAUUGAAGUUCUUGAGCCUUGUCUUCUGUGUAGACCAGAAUCAGAGGUUGAAGAAAUGAUGCAAGCUUUAGGCAUAGCUUUACUGUGUGUGAAUUCUUGCCCGGAUGACAGACCAAACAUGAAAGACGUAGCUGCCAUGCUCAAAGAAAUCAAGCAUGAAAAAGAGGAGUAUGCAAAGGUUGAUAUGCUCAUCAAAGGAUCACCUGCAACUCAUGUAGAAGAAAAUAACAAGAACCAGUCAAGUAAUGGAGUUCCUGCAAGUUCGUCUUCUUCUAAAUCAGCUUCCCAGAUAUUGUAUCCAAAAAGUAAUAACACAAGCUUCUCUGCUUCAUCUCUCUUUUACUCUUCUUCUUCUACCACCAAACUGGAAUUCAACUCGCCAUAUAAGUAA